CCACACACACGCACACCCCCCCACCUCUUCCCACCUCCCCACCCACCACCAACCACCCCAACCCCGCAUCCCACAUCCUUUCCCACCGCGAUCCCGCUGCUCCCCAAGGCUUCCCAAACACCUCCCUACACCCUUUCGCCGCACCCCAUUCCCAACCCCGGCCCCGCUUGGCCCGGAGGCCGGGGCGGGGAGGGGGUGGGUGGAUUUUUCCCACCUCAACGCUGCCACCAUCACUUUUGGGGUGACUUGGCUUUUUUUUUUUUUUUUUAAUUUUUUUUUUUGGGCUGGAUUUUUCCCUCUCCACGUCCAAAAAAUACUCAACCGCGAGCAAGGCCGGCGUUGUCCAUCUUUUCCCACCGCCGCUGGAUGCCAACGCCAGGGCCGGAUCCAGCCUUGGUGACACGAAGGUCACGGUACCUCCAGCCCGGCCUUUUCCUCCUCCCCGCUGUCGCCAAUCCCGGCUGCGUGUCCUGGCCGUGCUCCGCUCGUCCGUAGAGGAAACCCACGCCCGGGGCGAUCCCAGAAAAAUCCCCCAGGGAAGCUUUCGGCCCUUUGGUUCCGUCCUUUCCUGCAUGAGACAACCCCGGCUGUGCGGCUCCGCCGGGCGAUGGCCGAGCAGUGAAGAUGUCCAUGGCCAGGCUCAACAGCGUCAAUGGCUUCUUGGAGGACGCCAGGAUGGAGCCGGGGGACAUGGGCAGGAUCCUGCGCUGCCUGGAGAUGGGCACCGUCCUCACCUUGUUCUACCAGAAGAAGUCGCAGAGGCCGGAGAGAAGAACCUUCCAGGUGAAGCUGGAGACGCGCCAGAUCAUCUGGAGCAGGACACCCGAGAAGGUGGAGGGGGACAUCGACAUUCGGGAGAUCAAGGAGAUCCGCCUGGGAAAGAAUUCCCGGGAUUUCGAGCGCUACCCCGAGGAUGCUCGCAAGCUGGACUUCACCAUGUGCUUCAUCAUCCUCUACGGGAUGGACUUCAGGCUGCGGACGCUCAGCGUGGCUGCUUUCUGCGAGGAGGACAUCAACCUGUGGAUAACGGGGCUCAACUGGCUGGUGGCUGACACCCAGAGAGCCCAGACCCCGCUGCAGAUUGAGAGGUGGCUACGGAAGCAGUUUGAUGGGAUGGACCGAGCACGGGAAGGCAGCAUCACGGUGAAGGACCUGAAGGCGAUGUUGCCCCAGGUUAACUACCGAGUUCCCAACAUGAGAUUCCUGAGGGAUAAACUCGUGGAAGUGGAAGCCAGGAAUGAGAUGACUUUUUCCCACUUCAUCCAGUUCUACAAAAACCUGAUGUUUGAUGCCCAGAAGUCGGUCAUCGAGCAGCUGGAGCUCUCCUUCCCCCUGCGGAACGUGGACCGCCCCGAGCUGUGCCAAGUGUCCCUCUACGACUUCCAGAAGUUCCUGCUGCACGACCAGAAGGAAUCCUGGGCCAGUGACGUGGGCUUGGUGCGGGACUACAUGUGCUCCUACCUCAAGGAGAGCUCCAACGAGGCGUCGGAUCCCUCCUUCCAGCUGGAUGAGUUCCUCACAUACCUCUUCUCCAAGGAAAACAUGGUGAUGGAUGCUAAGUACGAGCGCGUUGUGCCCGAGGAGAUGAACCACCCCUUGUCCCAGUACUGGAUCUCCUCAUCCCACAACACGUACCUGACAGGAGAUCAGUUCUCCAGUGAGUCCUCCCUGGAAGCGUAUGCCCGGUGCCUGCGGAUGGGCUGCCGCUGCAUCGAGCUGGAUUGCUGGGAUGGCCCGGAUGAUCUCCCCAUCAUCUACCAUGGCCACACGCUCACCUCCAAGAUCAAAUUCCUGGAUGUGCUGCACACCAUCAAGGAGCACGCCUUUGUCACCUCCGAGUUCCCUGUCAUCCUCUCCAUCGAGGACCACUGCAGCAUCGUCCAGCAGAGGAACAUGGCCUCCCACUUCAAGAAGGUUUUUGGGGACAUGCUCCUCACCAAGCCAGUGGACAUCAACGCCGAUGAGUUGCCCUCGCCCACCCAGCUCAAGAAGAAAAUCCUAAUCAAGCACAAGAAACUGGUCGAAGGGAACCUGUACGAGGAGGUCUCCACCGCCAGUUACUCAGAGAACGACAUCAGCAACUCCAUCAAGAAUGGAAUUCUCUACCUUGAAGACCCCAUCGACCACACCUGGAGCCCUCAUUAUUUUGUGCUGACAAGCAACAAGAUUUACUACUCGGAGGAGACAUCCCGCUACCAGUUCAACGAGGAUGAAGAGGAGGUGGAGCAGAAGGAGGAGUUCAACAACAACGAGCUGCACUUCACGGAGAAGUGGUUCCAUGGGAAGCUCGGGGGUGGCCGUGACGGGCGACAGAUCGCGGAGAAGCUGCUGCACGAGUACUGCACCGAGACGGGCGGCAAGGACGGCACCUUCCUGGUGCGCGAGAGCGAGACCUUCGUGGGAGACUACACCCUGUCCUUCUGGAGGUCCAGCCGCGUGCAGCACUGCCGGAUCCACUCGCGGCAGGAGGCUGGGGCCACCAAGUUCUACCUGACGGACAACCUGGUCUUCGACAGCCUCUACAGCCUCAUCUGCCACUACAGGGAGGUGCCGCUGCGCUGCAACGAGUUCGAGAUGCGCCUCACCGACCCCGUCCCCCAACCAAACGCCCAUGAGAGCAAAGAGUGGUACCACGCCAGCUUGACGCGUCUCCAGGCCGAGCACAUGCUGAUGCGGGUCCCGCGGGAUGGAGCAUUCCUGGUGCGGAAGCGCAGCGAACCCAACUCCUAUGCCAUCUCCUUCCGGGCAGAGGGGAAGAUCAAGCACUGCCGCAUCCAGCAGGAAGGGCGGCUCUUCAUGCUGGGCAGCUCGGCCGAGUUCGAGAGCCUUGUGGACCUCAUCAGCUACUACGAGAAGCACCCGCUCUACCGCAAGAUGAAGCUGCGCUACCCCAUCAAUGAGGAGACCCUGGAGAAGAUGGGCACCACUGAGCUGGACUAUGGAGCCCUGUAUGAGGUGCGGACCCCCCAUUUCUACGUAGAGGCCAACAAGAUGCCAAUGGCCAGGUGCACGGUGAAGGCUCUGUAUGACUACAAGGCACAACGGGAGGAUGAGCUGUCGUUCUGCAAACAGGCCAUCAUCCACAACGUGGACAAGCAGGACGGCGGCUGGUGGCGGGGGGACUACGGGGGCAAGAAGCAGCUCUGGUUCCCAGCCAACUACGUGGAGGAGAUCGUCGGCACCCAGGGGCAGGAGCAGGAUGAGGCUUCAUCAGAAAACAGCCCCCUGGGGAACUUCCUGAAGGGCUUCAUUGAUGUCCCAUCCUGCCACAUCGUUAUCUCCAAAGACGGGAGGAGCUCCAAACCAUUUGUCUUCACCAUCCAUUCCCAGCAGAUGUCCCACGCAGCCCAGUCACUGGACGUGGCCGCGGACACGCAGGAGGAACUCAGCGAGUGGGUGGCCAAGAUCCGGGAGGCCACGCAGAACGCCGACGCCAGGAUGCAAGAAGGGAAGAUCAUGGAACGGAGGAAGAAGAUCGCACUGGAGCUCUCGGAGCUCGUCGUGUAUUGCCGGCCGGUGCCGUUCGAUGAGGACAAGAUUGGCACGGACAAGGCGUGUUACCGGGACAUGUCCUCCUUCCCGGAGACCAAGGCGGAGAAAUACGCCAACCGCAGCAAGGGCAAGAAGUUCCUGCAGUACAACCGCCGCCAGCUCAGCCGCAUCUAUCCCAAAGGACAGCGCCUGGACUCCUCCAACUAUGACCCACUGCCCAUGUGGAUCUGCGGGAGCCAGCUUGUGGCCCUCAACUUCCAGACGCCCGACAAACCGAUGCAGCUGAACCAGGCGCUCUUCAUGCUUGGUGGCCGCAGCGGCUACGUCCUGCAGCCAGACAUCAUGAGGGACGAGACCUUCGACCCCUUUGACAAGAACAGCCUGAAGAUUGUGGAGCCCAUCACAGUCCAGCUGCAGAUCCUUGGUGCCCGGCACCUGCCCAAGAACGGGAGGAGCAUCGUGUGCCCCUUUGUGGAGGUGGAGGUUUGUGGCUCCGAGUAUGACAACAGCAAGAACAAGACAGAUGUUGUAGCUGACAAUGGCUUCAACCCUGUCUGGCUCUUCAAGCAGUUCGUCUUCGACAUCAACAACCCUGAGUUCGCCUUCCUCCGCUUUGUGGUGUACGAGGAAGACAUGUUCAGUGACCCCAACUUCUUGGCACAAGCCACAUUCCCCGUCAAGGGCCUCAAAACAGGCUACCGGUCGGUGCCGUUGAAGAACAGCUACACCGAGGACCUGGAGCUCGCCUCCCUCCUCAUCCACAUCGAGAUCAUCAACGCCAAGGAGGAAGAUGAGGAGAACCUCUACUCAUCCAUCCAGCAGCUCCGGGACCGUGCCAGCGAGCUCUCCAGCCAGGUCUCCGGCUACGAGCGCACCAACGGCUGCGAUUCCCGCUACCAGCAGCGCCUGGAUGAGCUCCGGGCAGCCCAGGAGCGGCUCAUGGAGCUCACUGAAGUCCGCAACCGCAAGUUGAUGGAGAAGAAGAAGAGGGACCGGCAGAUGGUCACCAAACGCAGCUGAGCUGGAGGGACUCGAGCUGAGGAGCUCCCCCAGCCACCUCCUCUCCUGCCACAAAGGGAGGUGGGGUGGCCACAUCCAGACCUCCCACCAUGCCCAGGGCUGGGUGACAGCGGCGUGACAAAUUCGGGGAUGAAAGGGGACCUUGGGUAGCUGUGCCUGUGACAGGGGUGAGGUGGGAGGUGGGACACGGGCUUCAAUCCCAGCUGCCUCCAGCUUCAUCCCAUGUUCCUUGGGGCUCGUGGCCACAUCCUUGUCCUCACGGGGUGGCCACAGUGGCUCCUCCUCACCUGACGUUCUCAAUGUCCCACCAUCCCAUGGCAGCCCCAUGAUUGAUGGGGAAACUGAGGCACAGGGGCCCAGCCAGCCCAGGAUGGGGCAGGACCGGCCACCUCCAUCCUGGGCACAGGUGACAGGACUGGCUGGUGGUGAGGCACCAGGAUGGGGACACAGGGGACACUUUUGGGGGGGUUAGGGGGGUAUUUUGCUCCCCUGCUAUAAAUACCUGUAUUUUCUUCUUUUAUCCAGCGUGUACAUACGGCGUGGGGGGAGGGGGUGUCUGUACCAGCCACAGUAUUAGGGCACAAGGGGAACCCCAAAAUGUCCAGAGAUGUCCCAGCAUGGGACCAAGGGAGCAGGGGACCAAGUCUGGGGGUGUCCCACAGGGCAGGGUGGCCUGUGACAGGUUGCCCUGAGCAAGCGCCAGGUCAAUACCGGCAUCCAGGUGGCCCCAGAGGGUGACCCAGAGUUGUCACCAGGCUCUGGGAUCAGGGACAGAUCCUGCCAGUAAAGCCAAUGGAGGUGGUGGCCGGCCUGGCAGUGGCUGGGGACAUCUUGGGGUGUCCCCUGGGGUCGGGGUGUCCCGGCAGGGGGGACCUGUGUAUUCUUUGUAUGAAAAUAAAUCUAUUUAGCCAAUAUUUA